AUGCGGAACUCCACGAACAAUUCUCGGUUCAAAAAUAAGCAGAUCGUCGCAUUUCAAAGUCGGCUGGCGAGUUACAAGUUGACGCUUGUUAUUAGUCUUGACUUUCUUACGCUUAAAAAUACGACAAAGGAUCUCGAGACUACUCGGGCACUGGAAAACAAAAUCGAAAACGCUACAAGCCGGUUUGCAGGUCAAAUGCAAGGCCUACAAAUCGGACUACAGACAUUUCUCGAAGCAAAUGCUACUCCUACCCAAAAUGAGCCUCAGCUAACUGACACGCAAAUCGAGCUCGCAAAGGAACAAGAGUCCAGAAUUCUGCAAGCUAUUGAGCAACAAAAUAUUGUCCUGGGUUACUGCUAUAGGGCAUGUAUGGCAGCACUUCGGGGCACAACCCAGGUUACGGGAAACACGUACAAGUAUGUAUCAGCAUCUGAUGAGGUAAAAAUGCUUGUAGGCGAUGUGGGGAAUGUGUCUGGAAGUGCAAAGCAUGUCUAUGAGGAUAUUACUGCGGGGGGAAAGUCGCAUGUGGUUGUAGGAAAUAUGCAGGGGGAGUACAUGAAGGAUUUCUUUGGGAAAUAG